UGUUGAAAUGCUCCAGCUCCUCCUUCAACAUGGAGCGGACCCUUGCGUAACAUACGCUGCAGUGACCGCUCUUCAAGUGGCGACGCUCGUCGGGAACGAACAGGCAGUGAAGGUCUUAUUGGAUUCUGGGGCAAAUGUGCACACGAAGACACGGUCGAGGAUGACUGCUGCUAAAUUUGCUCGUGCUGGUGACAAUCCUCGUAUUACAGAGAUGAUUCUGGAAGCAGAGAAACGACAGCCCUAUCCAGGUCAUCGCACUAAGUGAGC